AUGCACAUCGAUGGCGCCAAUCCACACCCCCCAGACCCACAGUACCGCCCUGUAGAUGACUACCGACGUAUUAAAGUCAUCUGCAUUGGUGCCGGAAUGUGUGGUAUUACCGUUGGAGCAUUGUUCCCCCAGGCGAUACCGAAUCUGGAUUUGACGAUCUACGAGAAGAAUUCGGAGGUUGGAGGAACUUGGUUUGAGAACCACUAUCCUGGAGUCCAGCCAGAUCUUACCCCGCACACAUACCAAUACACCUUCGCCAGCAACCCAAAUUGGUCACGCUUCUACCCACCCGGCAAGGAAUUCGAGCAGUACCUUAAAGACGUGUCCAAGCAAUUCAACGUCUAUAAGUAUGUAAAGUUUGGCCACAAGUUCCAGACCGCGAAAUGGCACGCGGAUAUCGGCCAGUGGGAGGUCCAGGUUUUGAACCUAGAAGAUAACACGGUUAAAACCGACUACGCCGAAAUCCUCAUCAAAGCCACUGGCUUCGUGAACGCGUGGGAAUGGCCAAACGUACCCGGGCGCGAGAAGUUCAAGGGCAAGAUGGUGCAUACGGCCAACUGGGAUGACAGCUACGAUGUUACGGGAAAGAGUGUCGCAGUGAUUGGAUACGGAUCAACAGGCGUCCAGAUCACCCCCGCUAUCCAACCAAUUGUCAAAUCUCUCGACCACUACGUCCGCGGAAAAGUCUGGGUGCCACCAGGUGGAGGCACCAACUUCCAAGAGUUGGCUGAGCGAGGCGUAGAGAAAAACUUCGACCACCCCCGCUGGGAGCGCAAGUUCUUCUGCAACAACCCCGAAGCCUACCUCGCCUACCGCAAGAAGCAAGAGCAAUGGACCAACAUGGUGCAAGCCGUGCAGCUCAAAGGCACGGAAAUGAACGCUCAAUUCCGCGAGAUGCUGAAAGAGAACAUGCGGCAGACGUGCAAGGCCAAGCCCGAACUCGUCGAUAUCCUCAUGCCGGAGUAUGCGCCAGGCUGCAGGCGUCUAAUCAUGGGACAGGCGUGGCUAGAGGCGUUGAAUAAGCCGAAUGCGAAUCUGAUUCCGAAGGGCGUGGAGCAGUUCACGGAGAAGGGCAUUAUUGACACCGAUGGGGUUGAGAGGGAGUACGAGGCGAUCAUUUGCGCGACAGGGUUUGAUAAGAACAUGGACAACCGAGAUACCCCCUACGUCGGCCGAAAUGGCAUCACGCUACAGCAAGCCUGGGAUCCCGACCCAGUUGCGUACUUUGGAGUCGCAGCACCGGAUAUGCCGAACCUGUUCAUCAUGUUUGGACCGAACUCGGCGCCGUUCGCUGGCUCGAUCGUGCAUACGUUCGAGGCCGCGGCGAAGUAUAUCAUCAAGUGUAUCAAGAAGAUCCAGCUCGAGUACAUUAAGUCCAUGGUCAUCAAGCAAAAGGCAGUCGACGCCUGGGUAAAGCAGGUCGACCACCACAUGAGCACCACAGUGCUUUCCGAAAGCUGCUUCACCUGGUUCAAGCGCAACAAGCCCGAAGGCCGCGUCAUUACCUCCUGGCCCGGCUCCGCCAUGCACGGCUACUUCGGGUGGGAGAACCCGCGCUACGAAGACUUCGACUACGAGUCCUGGUUGCCAGAAGAUGCGCCGCUGUCGUAUCUGGGAAGCGGGUUUACGGUUGCAGAACGGGACAAUGGAGAUACCACGGGCUAUAUGUCGUACACUGAUAUCAAGACGGUCCUUCCGGUGACGGAAUAUGUUGAGGAUACGCCGAGGUUGUAGGGGUUCUUUCUUGUAUGAUGUCGAGAUAGAGGACGAGGGUUGAUACUCCUAUACUUCAUAUAUAAGCGAAUUUCAUCUGUGUCUGAA